CCGUGACGUCCGUGGCGUGGCUGCAGGGAGGCCGCGGCAGGGAAGAUGGCGGACGGGAAGGCGGGAGAGGAGAAGCCUGAGAAGCCGCAGCGAGUUGGAGCCGCCGGAGGACCUGAAGAAGAAGCAGAAAAACCUGUGAAAACUAAGACUGUUUCUUCCAGUAAUGGAGGGGAAAGUUCCAGUCGCAGCGCUGAGAAGCGAUCAGCUGAAGAAGAAGCUGCAGACUUCCCAACAAAGCCUACAAAGAUCUCCAAGUUUGGAUUUGCCAUAGGUAGUCAGACGACAAAGAAAGCCUCAGCCAUAUCCAUCAAACUUGGAUCAAGUAAGCCUAAAGAAACUGUUCCAACUCUUGCUCCAAAAACCCUUUCAGUAGCAGCAGCUUUUAAUGAAGAUGAAGAUAGUGAACCAGAGGAAAUGCCUCCAGAAGCAAAGAUGAGAAUGAAGAAUAUUGGAAGGGAUACACCAACAUCAGCAGGACCAAACUCCUUCAAUAAAGGAAAACAUGGGUUUUCUGAUAACCAGAAGCUAUGGGAGCGGAAUAUAAAGUCUCAUCUUGGAAAUGUCCAUGACCAAGACAAUUAAAUGAUGUGUUUUGAAAUUGGGGUGUGGGGUGGGUGUAAAGUUAAAAGGAACAGUUUCCUUUUUAAAGAAUGGUAUAAGACUAUAUCUUUGGAGCCGCCUUUUUUUUUUUUAAGAUUGAGUGGUACACUAAUAAAUGAGAGUUUGAAAUUAGAGGUAAUUUAUGUUUUAUAUACAGAUUUCAGGACAUUUGCUAAUUUUGUAGUUUCAUGUGAUUAGUUUCCAAAGGUUACAGAUAAUUAAAAAAAAUCAGAAAUGGUACCUUUUUAAGAAUUGCAUAUUUUUUUAGACAACUAUUAGCACACUAAGACAGAAGCAAAAAGUUAUUGUCUGUUUAAACUGCAAGCAAUUACUGUCUACCUUAACUUCCUCAUUAACCUAAACUUUCUGGCUCCCAGGAACAGCCUUAUAGAGAAGGGAGUAUUGUGUUGGGAAGAAUAUGUUAUUGGACUUAUUGACUGAAAGUAAAUUAGAUAAAGAUACAAUAUUGCUUUUUUUCCUACUGGGCAUUUGUUUUGUUACAAGUCAUAAAUUAGAUAUUGCAUUGCUAUCAGUGGAUACAGAUGCUUAGCUCUUUAAAAAAGAAAAAAAAAACACUUUAAAAUUUUAUGUAAACUGUUAAGUAUUUGAAAUAGGCCACUUCACCUAACGGGUCUUGUCUACCUUCAUUAGUCUUCAAAGAACAACUAUUUGCUACCAAAGUAAAUCAGUAUUUUGAAUGUGCUUCUCUUGGUUUUUGUCAUAGUUAGUUCCUAUAAGCUUUGCCACCAGAACCUGAGGCAAGUCAUAAGGAAGCUGUUUCUUUUAAAAUACAAACCACCACCAAAAAUUUUAAAUGUACAUAGUACUUAAAUAUUUGGCUGUUUUUAUUUUUAAAAGAUAACAAACACCAAAAAAGUCAGCAUUGUAUGAAGAUGGAAAAUGAGAAAGAUGCACUUUCUGUAACUUUGUCAAAACUUUUAAGUUACUUGUGAAAUCCAAUUUGAUUUGAACUUACUAUAGGAAUUUUUAUUUAGUACAAUAAUAUGGUUUCAGUGUAUACAUAUUAACUAUGGCCUCUCAAAAGCACGUUUUAGGUACUGAAAAUAUAAGGAAAGAAAAUGCAUCUUGAAACAUUUUAUGGAAUCUUCGACCACUUUGUUAGAGCUGUGUGUUAUAGGGUUUUGUUUUGUUUUUUUUCUUUUUGUAUUUUUGUAUAUGAAUUCUUUUUUAAUGUGACAGUUAAACACAUCUUUAAAGGCACAGUCAUAGAUAAAAGAAAAAUGCUGUAUAAUCAUUUCCUUGAAAAUUACUGUUAUAUUUGCGGGCAGCUUCAGACUGUCUUAAUGGUGGUAACUAGGUAAUAACUCAGCUUUUUUAAUGGGUAAUAAGAGAAGCAGCCUGUAUAUAUUCCUAACACUUGUUCACAUGCAGUUACAGUUAGAGUAAGCCCCAAGUAUAAUAAAACAAUGGAAAUGUGAUGGGACUAUUAGCUCUUAUUACAUGAUUUAAUUAUAUCAAGAUACAUGAACUUAACUUGCUUUAAUGUAGGCAAACUUUUCAUUUUUGUCCCUUUUACUGUUUAUGUUGAAAUAACAUCCCUCUCCUACAUACUCUUCUUGACUCAACUGAAAUAUUAACAUAAGGUCAAGAUGGGAGAGAGAAACGACUGAGAUGAAUGUCUUUACUAAAGUAACCAAUAAAUUUGUCAAACUCAA